UGCCCGAGCCUCUGAGACGUGCAAAGAGAGCAAGAACAUAAACAAGCUGAAACUCGAAUACUGCAAGGAAACAGAAACAUGAAUCUCCUUCCUAACUUCUCUAUUGAAACAUGGCUCCUGCUAGCUCUAGCCCUGGUACUAUUAGCAUUCUACGGCAUCUGGCCUUAUCAGUUCUUCAAAAAAUAUGGGAUUCUUGGUCCAAAACCUUUGCCUUUUAUUGGGACAUUCCUUGAAAACAAGGACGGUAUUUUUGAAUUUGAUAUGGCAUGUUUCAAGAAAUAUGGACGUGUAUGGGGAUUUUAUGAUGGACGUAAGCCAGUGCUCGCUGUUAUGGAUCCUGUAAUCAUUAAAUCUGUCUUAGUCAAAGAAUGCUACACCAUAUUUACCAAUAGAAGGAAUUUUGGUCUCAAUGGUCCAUUGAAUUCAGCGGUAUCUAUUGCUGAGGAUGAACAGUGGAAGAGAAUUCGUACAAUCCUAUCACCUACAUUCACCAGUGGGAAAUUGAAGAAGAUGUUUCCUCUAGUGAAGCAGUAUGGAGAUCUUUUAGUGCAGAAUUUACAGCAAAAAAUUGAAAGCAAAGAGCCUCUUAACAUGAAAGACAUCUUUGGAGGGUACAGCAUGGACAUUGUUUUGAGUACCUCAUUCAGUGUAAAGGUGGAUUCAAUAAACAACCCAAAUGAUCCAUUUGUCACCAACGCGAGGAAACUGUUCACCUUCUCUUUCCUAAAUCCUUUAUUCUUGCUGACCGUUAUAUGCCCAUUCCUUGUGCCUCUUUUGGACAAGAUGAACUUUUGUUUCCUUCCUUUAAGUGUUCUCAACUUUUAUAUGGAUGCUAUCAAAAAAAUAAAAAAAGAAAGAGAUCACAAUAAACAAUCGGAUCAAGUGGACUUUAUGCAACUAAUGAUUGAUUCCCAAAAUAAAGAAAACCAGUCAACAGAAGAUGAAAGUCAUGGAUGUAAAGAAUUGACAGACACUGAGUUAAUGGCACAGGCUCUAAUUUUCAUUAUUGCUGGAUAUGAGACCACAAGCACCACGAUGACAUUUGUGUCCUAUAACAUUGCGACAAACCCUGAUGUGCAGACAAAACUUCAGCAGGAAAUUGAUAAGUUUUUACCUAAUAAGGCUCCACCAACAUAUGAUGCUGUAAUGCAGAUGGAAUAUCUUGACAUGGUGAUUAAUGAAACCUUGCGACUCUAUCCUGCAGCUAGUAGAAUUGAAAGAGUUUGUAAAAAAACAACAAAUAUAAAUGGUGUAACGAUCCCACAGGGUGUUGUCACUGUUAUCCCUGUGUAUGCUCUGCAUCGGGACCCAGACAUUUGGCCAGAACCAGAGGAAUUUCGUCCUGAAAGGUUCAGUAAAGAAAACAAAGACAAUUUGGAUUACGUAUUUCUACCCUUUGGAAGUGGACCUCGAAACUGCAUUGGCAUGAGAUUUGCAUUGAUGAACAUGAAGCUUGCAUUUGUUACUUUAAUUCAGAACUUCACUUUCCGAACUUGCAAUGAGACUCCAAUCCCACUAGAAAUUGACACUCGUGGAUUUCUGAAGACUAAAAAACCUGUUAUUUUGAAUCUGAUCCCUAGAGCAGCUCAGAAAACAGAGGAUUAAAUGUGUAUGCAUUGCAAACAGACUGACAAGAUUAUUCACUAAAGUGUGAAUUGUGAGGAAGUCAAAGUGAAUUUCACAUUUUAGGCCAAAUUAGCUGAACUGAAAACACAAUUGACAUUUGUUUUUAUUUUUGGUCCAGACAUCUUGGUAUAAUAUAUGAAAUUCACUCUGAAUUCUCUUUGAAUUCCUGCCAAUUCACUUUAGUGAAUAAAUAUGCCAACAUAUGUAUAUAUACACAAUAUAUAAACUCCUGAGAAUACAAUGUAAUAAAGGAUAUGCUAUUUU